ACACGGGAGGAACAGGAGCAGAGGCUGAAAGAGACUGCAUAGAGUGGGGCUGAAAAGCCAAUACUGCUGCCAAGUCACAGGAACCUGCUGUAAACCAGUUUUGACCAUGGACCGGACAUAACGACGGAUGAUACAUGACAGCGCCCCAAAAGUGGAGCCAAAACAUCAUGAUCACCCCCUAGUGGCUGGCUGCAGUACGCAUGCAUCUUCUCCAUGCAACCAGAGUCUUGUGUGAGCUGAGAUCAGCUGUGUCAGGCGGCGUGGGGCUCAACGUUACCGGCUUCCUGCUGCUGCAUCGACCCGAGCAAGCGCCGCUUCGGAUCUGCAUGGAGAAUCGAAAACGACCGUUGGCUCCGUUGCCCGGCGAAAGCUUCAAUACGCCGGAGAAGAGAGCGACCGUCGGCCGGCAGCCUGACUCGGAUUACACGGACUACAGGCGAUGGGGUGUGGAGGAAACGUGUCGGUACCUGCGGGGAGAGGGUCUCCAGGAGUGGGAGGACACGUUCAGAGAACAAAAGAUAACUGGUGUGGGCCUGAGGGACCUCACAGAUGCGGAUCUGCAGAAGAUUGGAGUAAAGCUCCUCGGUGACCGUCUGAAGAUCCUGCACAGUGUCAAGAGGUUGGGGCAGAUAGAGAGAGAUUCAAGCAAGGUGUUUAAUGAUCCCAUCCACGGGCAUGUGGAGUUACACCCACUUCUCAUCCGAAUCAUUGACACACCUCAGUUCCAGAGACUGCGAUACCUCAAGCAGCUCGGAGGGACCUACUUUGUUUUCCCCGGAGCGUCCCACAACCGCUUUGAACACUCCAUCGGAGUUGGUCACUUGGCAGGACAACUUGUACAGGCUCUGAAUGAUCGGCAGCCAGAUCUCCUCAUCUCUCGCAGAGACAUCCUCUGCGUGCAGAUCGCUGGGCUCUGCCACGACCUGGGACAUGGGCCAUUUUCCCAUAUGUUUGAUGGGAAGUUCAUCCCCAAAGCACGUCCUGGUUUUACCUGGAAGCACGAGGAAGCCUCUUUAGCCAUGUUUGAUUACCUGGUUAAUGACAACAACUUGAAGCCGGUGAUGGAGCAGCACGGCCUGGUGCUGCCUGACGACCUGGAGUUUAUCAAGGAGCAGAUUGCUGGACCAUUAGGCACUAAUGGAGCUAAUGCCAAUGGGUGGCCAUACAGAGGCCGUCCAGAGGACAAGUCCUUUCUCUAUGAAAUUGUGGCCAACAAAAGAAAUAGCAUUGAUGUGGAUAAGUGGGACUACCUUGCCAGGGACUGCUACCACCUGGGCAUCAACAACAACUUUGAUUAUCACCGCUGCCUUAUGUUCGCCAGGGUGUGUGAGGUGGACGGGCAGAAGCAAAUCUGUACCAGAGACAAGGAGGUGGGCAAUCUGUAUGACAUGUUCCACACAAGGAACUGUCUCCACAGAAGAGCCUACCAGCACAAGGUUGGCAACAUCAUAGAGAGCAUGAUCACUGAGGCCUUUUUGAAAGCAGAUCCAUACAUCCAGAUUCAAGGCUCAGGAGGGAGGAUGUUCACUCUCUCCACAGCCAUAGACGACAUGGAGGCCUACACCAAGCUGACAGACCAUGUGUUUGAACAAAUACUCCACUCGUCCUCGGAGGAGCUGGCUGAACCGAGGCAGAUUCUACGCAACAUCGUCUGUCGGCGCCUCUACAAGUGUCUGGGCCAAACCCAGCCAAGCAAAAGUCUGAAGGUCACCCCAGAUGCGAUUAAAGACUGGGAAAAAGAAUUGGCCAAGUCCAUCCCUCAGACUGGCGCCCAGGAUGUCAACCUGCAGCCGGACGACUUUAUAGUUAGUGUCAUUCCUCUGGACUAUGGGAUGAAGGAUAAGGACCCCAUCAACGAUGUACGAUUCUAUUGCAAAGAUGACACAACUAAAGCCGUCCAGAUACGGAAGAACCAGGUGUCAAAGAUGCUUCCAGAGAACUUUGCUGAGCAGCUGAUCCGGGUCUACUUCAAACAGACAGAUGAGAAGCGUGUGGAGGCCGCCAAGAAGCACUUUGUUCAGUGGUGCAUGAAUAGGAAUUUCUCAAAGCCUAAGGACGGAGACAUCAUAGCGCCGGAGCUGACCCCUCUGAAAAGGUGGCACACAUCGAAUGACAGCGGCUCGAGUGUAAACAGUGUUGAAGGGAGUGGGCAGAAAAGAGGCAAAAAACUCACCUUUUAGAAAUUAGAGGACAGCGACAGUGUUGAGUGAACAGUGUAUUUCUCUACUAGGUGAGUGGGUUGAUGAGGAUAGCAAAGUUGGAAACUAAGCAGUUUUUUUUACAAGCAAUGGAGGAAAUAAAGCUCAGGUACUAUUCUCAGGGUUUCAAAAAAAAAGACCCUUCCUCAAUAUUAUAAGCACAACCUAGCUUUUGUUUUCUCAUUGGAUUCAGGCUUUUAUUUUGGACUUAUUUCAGGCUACAAGUGUCGAGUUUUUAAGAUGAUUUGUUUUUAUACCCUGUGCUAAGCAGAAGCCUAUCAUGUUUUCGAAUUAUGAGCAAUCAAUCACGGGCAGUAAAAAUGUUUCGCUCUGAAACAGGAGAUGAACAGUGUGUUUUAACAGCAUAUACAGCUUGUGUGUUACAGGGAAUUGGGUUAUGUAACUUUCAGAUAUGCAUGUUUUCUUCAUAUCAAGCUCCAAAAGUCUCAAUAUACAAAGACUAACUGUUUCUGAGCUUUACACUGAGCGUUUGGUUUUACUUGAGGGAUUAUUUGCAGUUUUGAUUUGAUCUUACUUUCAAUAUAUUUAUUGUCUUUUUCUUGGGGGGGUAGAGUGUGUUGUGCAAUCCUUUUAUUUAUUGUUCUUACAGUAAGUUGCACUGCUGGUUGUCUCCACCUCACUAAUAUGUGCAACAUUUAAAAUGGGAUUUGUGCUGGAUUGUUUGAAAACAUAUAUUUUGAUAGAGUGUGAAGGGAAAUGUUUUAAAGGGUUUGCAGUGAUACGAUGAGAGUUGAAGAAAAGUUUGAAAAUAAAACUCUCUUUUCACUU